AUGCUGCUGCCUUCUCCAGAACCACGGUCUGCUGACGAGCCACGGCCCUUCACCUCUCACUGCCUGACCCUGCCCUCGUCCUGUACUUCCCACGGACGAGGGCCCCCAGACCAGUCCUGCGGCUCCCUGCAGGAGUUAGGGUCUGGUGGCUGGACCAAGCAUUCUAGCCUCUGCUUGAACACCGUCAGCAAUGGGGUGCGCACGGCUUUCUGCUGCACAAAGCCCAUUCGUUCCACUGUAGAAGAGCUCCAGAUAGCGGUUUUUCUUGUCUGGGAGCCAUCCAAGGCCGGGGGCAUGGCAGGGUCUCUAGCUGCUGCUCCUACCCUCUGCCCCCUACUCGCUGGCCUUGCCUCUCAUCCAGAGAGCAAAGGCAUGAGUGGCCAGGGACUCCGUGGGGUAACCGCAAGGCAGAGACAGGAACAAGUUCCCUGUUCUUCCUCGGGAGGCAGCUGGGUGGAUACAGUGCCACGCCUGGAGUCGGGAAGACCUGAGUCCCAGUCUGGCCUCAGACACCCCCUAGCUACCUUUAAACCUCCAGUCCCGCACCGCCCCCAUCCCAUUUCCCAAGAGCACUCAGAGGGACUGCUGGUGAAAGUACAGAGUUGUCGUUUUCAGGGCAAGGCUUGGCCCUGGUGUGAGGGAGCCCAGGAGCCCCCUGAGCUCCCGUUCUCUUGUCUGGUUCUAUCACCUUUCCGGUUUCUUCCUGCAGCACGGAUGUUUGCCAUGGGCUGUAGCAUGGGCCCCUUCCUGCACUACUGGUACCAGUGGCUGGACAAACUCUUCCCCGCCAUGGGAUUUAAAGACAUUCGAACCAUCCUGAAGAAGGUGCUCAUUGACCAGCUGGUGGCAUCCCCUAUCCUGGGCGUGUGGUACUUCCUAGGGCUGGGCUGCUUAGAGGGCCAGAGCCUCGAACGUACUUACCAGGAACUGCAGGACAAGUUCUGGGAGUUCUACAAGGCUGAUUGGUGUGUGUGGCCAUCAGCUCAGCUGGUGAACUUCCUUUAUGUGCCUGCCCAUUACCGAGUGAUGUACGUGAACAGCGUGACGCUAGGCUGGGAUACCUACCUCUCCUACCUAAAGCACCGGGACCGCCUCCCCGGCUGCAUGGGUUUUGCCUCCCGCCUGACUGAGACCCUAGGAGGGGCCAAGCACUUGGCAGUGGUAUCGCAGCAGGCCCAUGCAUGGGCAUCUGGGACUGGGCUUGGAGCAAGGCAGUCGCCACCAGCUGUCUGAACACAACUGGACCCUAGAAGCCUAAUCAAAGAUUGCCAUUUAACUUCUUAACUGAUUUACUGUAUUCAGGAGAUAGAGAGAAAUGUGAGCAGAAUGGACUCGUGCCUUGGGUCUGUUCAGCCACAUCAUUCUAAGUGGGACCCCACUUCUGUGGAGAGGAGUAACCAGGAAUCUCGAUGCACCUUACGGAUCAAAGCAGUAGAGCCCCUUGAAGGGGCUGGCUGGCAUGGAGGGGCCCACUUUGCACAUCAUUACGAGACCAGUGCCUACUGUGAAAGCAGCAUGAUUAGGCCAGCCCAUGUAACACUGGACUCCAGGAUGUAUAGAUUAGUCCUUGGGAUUAAGGGCCAGAGAAGGAACAAAUAAAUUGUUGGCCUUGUGUUUCCCUGACCCCAGAUCAAAAAGUAAAAAUCCUGGCAGCCCUCAGCUCUUGACCAGGCUAAGACCAAGGGCUCGUUGUGGCUGGAUGGUGGCAGGUGGGCAGGACCAGACUUGGGAAGUGGGGGGGGAGGUCUGAGCCCCUUGGACCCCUCAUCUUAGCCUUAGGUAGGAGUCUUGUUCUGGAAUGGAAGAUAACUUGGGCUAAUAAAGAUUCUAAUUCAGUUGGGUUGUACUUAA